AUGUCACCCCACGAGGUCUCUCCGCAGUCCCAGCAGAGUCAAACCCUCCAAGGGGUCGAGGAUACUCUUUUCACCACCCUUUUUGCCAAGGCGCGAGACGCCGAGAGCGAGAAUCCCAUCCUUGGCGAUGAGUAUGCCCGCCCGCUUUUAGAACGGUGCCAAGUCGACCUCGACCGCCCAACCUUCCGCGGUGCUGACAACUCAGCCGGGAUCCAGGGCAUCGCCGCCCGUGCUAAAUUGCUAGACGGAUGGGUGCGCGAUUUCCUGGAAGAAUAUUCUGGCGAACAAGUCACUGUCGUCCACCUCGGCUGUGGCAUGGACUGCCGUGCCUUGCGCGUCGCCCGGGGACCCGAGGUGCGGUGGUUCGACGUGGACUUUCCCGCCGUGGUCGACCUACGGCGGCGCAUGAUCGACCCUCAACCGGCUGGGGACUAUCACCUGCUGGCUUGCGACGCUCGUGACAGCAGCGGCUGGCUUGACCAGAUCCCAACCGACUCGCCAACUCUGGUGAUAGCCGAAGGUGUUUUACUGUACUGGGUGCCCAGCGAUGCUGAGACUUUGAUCCGCAAGGUUGUUGAUAAAUUAGCGCGAGGUGGGCUGAUAUUUGACCUUACAUCCGAUGUCUACGUCCGGCUGUCUGAGCACAUCCAUAUCCUUCAGGAAAACGGCGCUCGAUGGAGGUGGGGAAUCCAAGAUUGCAGCGCUAUAGAGCGCUUGCACCCGGCCAUUCGCUUCGUCUCGGAAGUUGACCUGCCCAGUCCCGAGCAACUCGGAAAAACACUUGAGGUCAUGUUUGGGGCACAGUUUGACCAGGUGAAGCACGAAUUGGAGAUUUCCUCUGGAGUUUACAAGCCCAUCCUCCGCAUUCUCCAGUAUAAGUUCGAAAACCUCGAAUCCGCCGUCGAGCACCCUCAAAGGGUGGUUUUUAAGCUUUCCCUGAGCGACCAGGUCCCUGGCCACGUUCCACAGCUUAACUCCAAACUCUCUCAACUCAUCGUCCGGCUCACUGCCAUAUGGCGCUGGCCACGUGCAGCCCUCGCCAAAUACGCGCGGCCCGACGGUAAAGUCGCAUUUGACAACCUUGCGGGUGGCCGCAUGCUCCUGCCAUGGGUCCAGAGAGACAUAUUUGCCACCAGCGCGACCAAUGGCUGCAAAACAGAGGAGGGUGGACUCAACGCUCGUGAUACAGUCCAGAGCAUAUUUGAGGUUGUUAUUUGUGUAGUUUUUCUUAAACAAGGUUUGGGAUGUCAGUUGACGGAGGAUAUGCGACAGGGCGCGUAUUACACCACGACGCGGCAAGAGUAA